GGGCAGGCGGCCGCCCCGCCCCGCCGCCUCCCGGUACCGCCGCGGCCGCUCGGCAGCGCUGCGAGGAUGGAGCCGCCCGAGGAGGUGCGGGCGCGGCUGGAGCGGGCCGGGCAGGGCCACCUGCUGCGCUUCUGGGCCGAGCUGGACCCGGCGCAGCGCGCGGAGCUGCUGGCCGCGCUGCCGUCCGGGCUGGGCGAGCACUGCCGGCUGGCGGCGGCCUGCGCCCGGCAGCGGGAGAACCCGGAGCGCCUGGACGGCCGCGUGGAGCCGCUGCCCGCCGCGCUCCUGGGCAGCGCCCGGCACUGCGGCCCCGCCGCGCUGCGGCGCUGGGAGGACGAAGGUUUGCAGCAGAUCUCACAGAACAAAGUGGCAGUGCUGCUGCUGGCUGGAGGACAAGGAACCCGCCUGGGAGUGAGCUACCCCAAGGGCAUGUACAACGUGGGACUGCCCAGUGGCAAAACCUUGUAUCAGAUCCAAGCAGAAAGAAUCCGAAAAGUGGAGCAACUCGCUGGCCAGAGGCACCGCUGCCAGUGCACCGUGCCCUGGUACAUCAUGACAAGUGAGUUCACGCUGAGGCCGACAGAGGAGUUCUUUGUAAAACACAGAUACUUCAACCUGGAUAAAUCCAAUGUAAUCAUGUUUGAACAGAGGAUGCUGCCAGCUGUCACCUUUGAUGGGAAGGCCAUCUUGGAGGAGAAGGGGAAAAUUGCUAUGGCUCCAGAUGGCAAUGGUGGCUUGUAUCGUGCCUUGGUGGAUAAUAAGAUCUUGGAUGACAUGAAGCAGCGUGGUAUCCAGUACGUCCAUGUGUACUGUGUAGACAACAUUCUUGUCAAAAUGGCAGAUCCAGUCUUCAUAGGCUUCUGUGUUUCCAGAGGAGCAGACUGCGGUGCCAAGGUGGUGGAGAAGGCCUACCCCACAGAGCCUAUAGGGGUGGUGUGCCGCGUGGAUGGGGUCUCUCAUGUGGUGGUGGAGUACAGCGAGAUCAGCCCGGAGACGGCGCAGCAGCAAAGGCCUGAUGGGGGGCUGAUGUACAGCGUUGGCAAUAUCUGCAACCAUUUCUUCACUGUUGACUUUCUGCAGACAGUGGCCCAAAAACACGAGUCCCAGCUGAAGCACCACGUGGCCAUAAAGAAGGUGCCUUACAUUGACGAGGAGGGAAAUCUGGUAAAACCGCUAAAACCGAAUGGAAUAAAGCUGGAGAAGUUUGUGUUUGAUGUGUUCCAGUUCUCUAAGAAUUUUGUGGCAUUUGAAGUUUUGAGAGAAGAGGAGUUCUCGCCGUUAAAAAAUGCAGACACAGCUGAGAAAGACAACCCUAGCACUGCUCGGCGGGCCCUCCUGGCCCAGCACUACCGCUGGGCUCUCAGGGCUGGGGCCAGGUUUCUGGAUGCAGAUGGCUGCAGGAUACCAGAGGAGCUCAGUCUUUCAGGAACCGAAGAUCCUCCGGCUGUGUGUGAGAUUUCUCCAUUAGUGUCUUACUUUGGAGAGGGUCUGGAGGUGUACAUGAAGAACAAAGACUUCUGUUCUCCCUUUAUACUCGAUGAAGACAAAGCAGAAAUGCUAGGAAGUUCUUGAAGAGGAGGGAGGUCUUCUCCCCUCAAAUCAGAUGCUUGUGAGAGCAGUUAUAAGAACCGACCCUACUAAAAUGAAGUGCCUUAUGAAAACUUGCUUUCAGUAUUAGGUUGAUGCCAAAUCCUUGCAACAGUUGCAUAUACACAUCUGUGCUCACUCAGCAGAUCCGUUUGGUGACAUUGAAGUCAGCCUUCUACCUUGAUCUGUUUUGUCAACAGUGAUAUGAAUGACAAUUAAUACUUUCCAGGUACCACACAGAUUUUAUAUUUCCUUUCUCUAGUGCAUACAGAUUUAUAACAGAGCCAGCUGGAAUCUAAUCAGUCAGCUUUGCAUUCAUGAAGAUUAGAUCUCUGCAGUGCUUACCUUUGUACCUUGUUUGCGCUGUUGUUAUUUUUUGUGUAUGUUUGCUUGUUUGCUUUAAGCUCUGCUGGUCAGGAGAUGCAGUUCAGCAUUCACAUCCUGCAGUCAGUGUGUAUGGAGGAGUGUGCUGCACUUGGGGCCUUCUGUGUUAAAGUUUUGCUUGAGAUGUGGACCCUGCAGCAGUGAGACUGGCUUGCAUAUGUAGGCUCUGUGGUGGCACUCCAAGAAAACAGUAAAUACGCAGCUCAGAGUGAUUGCUUUUUACAGCUGCAGUGAGCUGCAGGUGGGGAAGAGGACAAAGAAGAAGGCUGAGAACUCUUCACAACAGCCUUCUCUUCCUCCCUUAGGACAAUCAUUUAUUUUGCUUUCCAUUUUUCCAUUUGAUACAUACAGCAUCCCUCAGGGAGGCGCUCCUGCGAAGUGCCUGAAGGUGGCAGUGACAGGAGGGACAAGCUGUGAGGGAGAGUUUGAGGCUUAAUCCCAAUGUAAGCAAUGUAACAGUAAAACGCCUCAGCUUCUGCAAUUUCCAGUGGAGCGCUUCUCAGCACUUUUUCAGUUAAGGAAAUAACUCUUUAGAUGCCUUGCUCUUAUCCUAGGUUACAGACUAUGAUAUAUCAACUAACGAAGGAAGGUAAUUUGCACAAUUUCAGUAGCACAGCAGCCCAGCCUUGGCAGAGGGGUCUCGGGGUGGCCGUGCCUCACAGCUCCUGCUCUGCAACAGCAGAUCCUACACACCAAAGUCAUUUCACACCUCAGGAGGACUCUUCAGGUGCGUUGCUGAGCGGGGUUGGGUUGACGAGCACACACUGCAUUUCCCCCAGUCAGCUGUAAGGAAGGUGAUGAACCAUAGAAUCCUAGAAUGGCCUGGGUUGCAAAGGAGCACAGUGCUCAUCCAGCACAACCCCCUGCUGUGUGCAGGUCGCCAACCAGCAGCCCAGGCUGCCCAGAGCCACAUCCAGCCUGGCCUUGAAUGCCUGCAGGGAUGGGGCAUCCACAGCCUCCUUGGGCAACCUGUGCCAGUGCCUCACCACCCUCUGGGGGAAAAACUUCCUCCUAACAUCCAACCUCAACCUCCCCUGUCUCAGUUUAAAGCCAUUCUCCUUGUCCCAUCACCAUCCACCCUCACAAACAGCCGUUCCCCCUCCUGUUUAUUUGCUCCCUUCAAGUACUGGAAGGGGAGAAGUUGUUUCAGAUGAGGCAUUUCAUGUCUCUGCUUCUACUAUGGAAUUGUCAAUGCUGAUAUUAAGCACUGAUCUUUUAUAUAAUUGAAUUUCUGAAAUUCUUCCUAUGAAGCUGUAUUCAGAAUGUUGGAGGAAAUAAAAAUAGCUUUGAGAAUAACUAUCAUGUGUAAGUAGGCUCGUGUUUUACAGAGAAACCGCCUACAUGCUGACGGCAGAAUUUACAGAUAGGAAGUGUAUCUGCAUACACAUGAGUAAUUAACCUGCUAUAUGUGCAGAUCAGCUAAUUACAGUUCUGGUUACCUCUCGCUGCGUGUGCAACCAGUAUUUUUAGUAGAAUUUUUAGUAGAAAUUGAGCAUUUGUCUGUGACACUCAGUUCUGUAUUUUUUAUUGUGCAUUUUUAUGGGUCAUUUCUAUUCUUGUCUGUUGAGUUUUGCGUCCAAGACUGAUUGCAUUACAUCUUUGAGAGCAUUGCUUGUCGGUUCAGGCCCGGGUUGUUUUAAAUUGCACUGUGCUAUAAAGAAAGAUUAUUCUUCUAUGCUUUCUAGAAUGCUUUUUGAAACUGAACUGCAGUUCAUUUUGUGGAUGCUUUAAUCGUGUGAACACUGAACUGCUGAUACGUUUUUAGAGAUUGUCUUUGAGGAGAAGAGGAAUUAGGAUGCUGAAUGCCUCGUGUGUUUUGUUUUCCAGAAAUUUUUGGACCACGAAGCAUUUUGAUAAUAAAGAUGUUACAGUGA